AUGAGCUGCAGUGUGACAUCUUGUAAUAUCAGCGACGAUCGUUUCUUGUGGCAGUGUGAAUUCUGCAGAAAAUGUUAUCACGCAGCUUGUGUAGGAGUCCAGCGAAAUCAAGAAGAAUUUAUCUCGCACUUCAUGAUUCCCCUGUGUGCAGAUUGCCAGCAUAAUCUAAAGGUAGGCAUAGACACACGAAAAGUGCUGUACCAACAGGAAAAAUUAUUUGAAUCUAUAACUACGCAAACGGACUGCAACUUACAAAUAGCAGCCGACAUAAAAAAGUUCAAUUCAAUUGUUGACUUAUUCGAAAAUGUUGAGCUGCAGCUUAAAGAAUCAGUGGCGAAUGUGAACAUAAACACAUCGUCGCAAGUGGCAAAUGCUGUAUCGGCACUAUCGCAGGCCAUUGACAGUAAUUCUUUUAAUAAGGCCGAUGAGCUGGUCACGCUGAAAAACCAUAUCACAUCACUAUUCAACAUAUCUAUGGGAUCCACAAAAAAACACAUUGAAGAGUAUGUAAAUGAUCUCACUGCCGAUUUGACCAGAGAAUUGAAAAAAAUCUGCAGCGAAGUUCAGAACUUGAGCACCCUUACCAUAGAUAUGGCAGCUCAUUGUAAUGAACACUACCUGAGUGAAUCGCGUCCUACACGUGAAGUUUUAGACGAAGUGAAAAUUAUAACAAAUUCAGUUGGCAGUGACAUUCUCAAAGAAGUACAAUCUCUUGCCGGCUCAAUUAACACUUUGGAUAGCAGUAUACGCGAUGCUUGUUUGCCACCAGCGGGCCCCAGCUUGAUGGACGAAUUAAAUGCCCAAUCAACAAAAUCGGGUGACUCAGGUCACCGUUCCACUGCCGAAGCCACUGAAGGGUGGCGCUUUUUGGGUUCGAAGAAAGUGUGGCGCUCUGACUGGACGGAGUACGACACACGUAAUCAGCAUAGAAUUCAACAGCAAAAGAUGAAAGAUAGGGCGAUGGCACGAAGAAAAGCUAAUAAAAAGCAGUUGCAUCGGAUAUCCAGAAGCAGUUAUUAUAACUAUAACCUCAAUGACAACAAUAAUAGCAACAACAAUAGCAAUAAUAAUCGUAACAACAAUCGCAACAACAAUAGCAGCAAUAAUCGCAACAACAACAACAAUACGCAAUGCGGUCGUCCAACAGCUGGCAACUCUCUUCCCCGGGAUAAGGAUCUACUUGCGGCGGCAAGGAUGCAUAACAACGAAAUCAAGGCUAUUCGCACUAGUCAGAUGGGAUUGACACAAGGGUCGACCCUCAGUCCUUUGCUAUUCAAUGUGUACACUAGUGAUAUCGAUAGUUGUUUACAAAGCGUUUGUGUUUUAGUGCAAUAUGCAGAUGAUUACUGUGUAUGGGCCACGGGAAUGAAAUGUGAUGGUAUUAAACAACAUCUACAGGAGAGCCAGGAUAACAUAGCUAGCCAAUGUAUAGACGUGGACAAUUUGGAGGUCGUUACACUUCGAAUGCCGCACCAUGUGAAUGAUUCGGAAAAUAUUCAACUUUCGGUGAAUCGGCAUUCGGCCGAAUGGCAUUCGUACAAACAGCAUUCGUCCAAAUAG